AUGGCUCUUCCUCUAAAAGCAGUGCCGAGGGGACUGCAACUCCUGCGCCCGACAUCCAACCUCGGUCGAUCGUCAUUUUCAACGUCUGCGACGCGGAGUCAAGAAGAAUGGCCGCAGCGUACUCCCCUUGGAGCGUAUUACGAGAGCAUUCUAAACCAACGGACGUCCUAUCCAACCAAGCAAAAGCGCGACGAACCUCCGAACACGGCCGACCCAGAGGUCCUGCCGAAAGACAAAAAGCCACUGCGAUCUCCGCCGAUCGAGAAAUCACAAACUGAUGGCACCGCGAAGGCUUCAUCCUCUGGCGCAAUUCCUGCCGCCCCGACCCCAACACCGCCGCCGACCACAGCAGCAGAGAAGGCAAAGAUCAUCUUCGGCACCCGUCUUGCGGGCCCAGAAGACAUGGCUGCGCGCGCCGAGUCCAAGAAGUCCAGAUCCAUCCUGAUAGGCGAUGUCCUUGUACCGCCGAAGCCUCAAGAACCCGACAAUUGCUGCAUGAGCGGUUGCGUCAACUGUGUGUGGGAGCUAUACCAGGAGGACGUCGAGGAGUGGCGGGCCAAGAAGGCGUCAGCAGAGGCGCGGCUCAAGGCCAGCCAGGAGGCGACCGAGGAUACUGCUCCCCAAAACCCCGCGGGUGUCAGAGUUGGGGAAGCUAAGAUCGCCAAAGAUCUGUGGGAUGACGAUCUGAUGCAGAGCGUCCCCGUUGGCUUCCGAGAGUUCAUGAAGAUGGAGAAGAAGCUGAAAGAGAAGCAUGCACGUGAGCGCAGCGGUGGCUAA